AUGGCUCGAUUGGCUAGCAGUGGCUCUCGUGGUCCCACUUGUGGUAUAUGUAUAUCUAUGCUGUCUGGAACAUGCGGGAAAAGGUUUGGAGAAACCGGCAUCGGGGUGGGCUCCGCUUGUAUGCCCAUCCGAAUAUAAGCUGUUCGCCAGCUAGGUUCGAAUCCGUCCUCAGAGAUCUCACUUUGCUUUUGCUUCCAUUCUCUGCAUCAUGGCUUUCUCAGUGGUUCUUUUCCAGAACCCCUUCCACUGGAUAACUGCGUCAAUCUUCAUUCUUGGUAUUUUCCUGAUUACCAUCUUUAUUGUUGCAUUCACGCCAAAGGACAAGACUUCAGGGAAGGCGGCUACUCCAUGGGCUUACCUCAAGUUCUGCUACGCUUGUUUCUUCAAACCCCAUACUGGCGAUGGUAGUGGCAGUCAACAAGAGGCUUUGGAAAGCUUCUAUAAGACGCAAGCCGAUGUCUAUGAUACAACUCGCACCAGGCUUCUCAGGGGCCGUGAAGACAUGCUCGCACUGGUGGCAGCACAACUGAAACACCGCACCGAGGCAGGCUUGAUUUCGCAAAGACCUGUCUGGGUUGAUAUUGGUGGCGGUACAGGUCACAAUGUUGAGCAGAUGGGCAAAUUCCUCUCUGUUCCAGAAUUUUUCCACGAAGUUUAUGUUGUGGAUCUCUCCCCCAGCUUGUGCGAGAUAGCACGAAAGCGUUUCCAACGACUUGGCUGGGAAAACGUCAAAGUGAUAUGUCAGGACGCACGAGCCUUCCGUCUCCACGAGCACGAGCGGGAAGCAUACCGACGAAAAGAAUUAACUCAGCGAAAGUCCAAUGUGCGAGAUCUCGACGAGAAUGCGGAUGCGGGGGGUGCCGAACUCGUCACCAUGAGCUAUGCUCUGUCCAUGAUUCCUGAGUUCUACCCCGUCAUCGACUCUAUCUCCUCACUGCUUUCCCCUAACGGUGUCAUCGGCGUGGUAGACUUCUACGUCCAGAAUCGGGUGGAUUAUCAGAGCAGGAAUUACACCGGCGGCAUGAUUGAUCGUCAUUGUAUGUGGCUGUCUAGAGUUUUCUGGCGCACAUGGUUCGAAAUUGAUAGAGUCAAUCUUGAGCCUGCCCGAAGGGACUAUCUCGAGUACCGUUUUGGUACUGUCCUCAGCGUCAAUGCUCGCAACAACUUCUUCGGGAUAAAGCUGCCUUAUUACGUGUGGGUAGGGUGCUCGAAGGAUCAUGGGGUUUCGACCACCAAACUCGCUGAGAUCGAUGCUGCGGCGACCGAGUCACCCUAUCUCAACGCUCUUGACCUCCAGACCGGCACUACGCAAACUGACAUUGAGAUCCAUUCCAAAGCAUACGAAUCAGCCAUUGUCAACCUGCAGUCCAGUCUCCCGCUUCCAGCGACUUGGUACCAGAACCACCACUGGCGAAUCCACUUCGAUGAGACUCUUGCGAAACACCGCCGCUUCAACGACAGCUACAUCUACGCCUUCACAUGGGAAGACGAUAGAGCUGAUGCUCGCAUCCUGAAGGUCACCUCCAACGAUGUCAUCCUCGCCAUCACAAGUGCAGGCGACAACAUUCUCGCCUUCGCGCUGGAACAGCCGCGCAGAAUCCACGCAGUCGAUCUCAACCCCACUCAAAACCAUCUCCUCGAACUCAAGGUCGCUGCCUUUACAGCACUGGGCUACGCGGACGUCUGGAAACUCUUCGGCGAGGGCCGGCACGCGGAGUUCCGCUCCCUCCUGAUCAACAAACUCAGCCCGCACAUGUCCAGCCUGGCAUUCCAGUACUGGCUGCAAAACGGACCGUCAGUAUUCAGCAACGGCAAGAGCGGAGGCCUCUACUACUCCGGUUGCUCGGGCUCCGCUCUUCUCCUCGUCUCCCGACUCUUCUCCCUCUUAGGUCUCAGUGCCGAAGUGCGCGCUCUUUGCUCCGCACAAACCCUCGCCGAGCAGCGCGAGAUCUGGAACCGCAGCAUCAAGCCUGUCCUGCACAACAAGAUCCUCACCUGGGCCAUCUUCAGCAACGAAAAGUGGCUCUGGAAAGCCCUCGGCGUGCCACCGGCCCAGCGCAACAUGAUCGUUUCCGACUACCAGAAACAAUGCAGCGAGCCCAUUGCCUCGGACGCUGAGGAUGGCAAGCCCACCACCACCGGCUCCGGAGAAAAAGCGAAACUGGGCGGCGGAAGCAGCGGCCACGCCAUCUAUGAAUACGUCCUCAACACCUUCGAACCCGUGGCCACAUCCACCCUGCUCUCAACCCAAAAUCACUACUACCUCCUCACGCUCCUGGGCCACUACACACCGACCUCGCAUCCCACCUACCUGAGUCCCAAAUCGCACGUCAAGCUCUCAAAACCGAACGCCUUUUCCGGCCUGCGCAUCCAUACCGACGAGCUCGGCGAAGUCGUUGCGCGGAUGCGGCCGGGUACGUUGACCAUUGUCGUCGUCAUGGAUAGCAUGGAUUGGUUCCCUCGCGAAGGGAAGCAGGCGAGGAGGCAGAUUCGUGGUUUGAAUCGGGCGCUGAAGGUGGGCGGGAGGGUCAUGGUUAGGAGUGCCGGGUUGGAGCCGUGGUAUCUCGAGGUGUUUGCCGAGGAAGGGUUUGCGUGCAAGAGGGUGGCGUGUAGAGUCCCCGGGUCGUGUAUUGAUCGGGUAAAUAUGUAUGCGUCGACCUGGAUAUGUACAAAGGAGAAGGAUCUGGCUCAGGAGAAUGGCAGGCCGAACUUGAGACCUAGAGAGGGCUCAAUGGGCGAUCUAACGAUUGGUGCGCCGGCUAUUGACUGCUGAGGAAGCUGAUGGCCCCAAGAUAUGAUGUCUAUAUACGGUUUACUUACGUUGAUACCUCUUUUCACUUUGCUGCACAGUUUGAGGAGAAAUAGAAUCUAGAGGAUCUUCAAGAUUUCAGAAAGUUC